ACAGGUGUUUUCUGUAGCAAGCCACUGAAAAUAUUUUACGGGCGCUAAAAAGCAGAAAAUAAGUAUCACGGAUUUUGAUAUGAAAUAAUUUUACGAAGGUAUAUACAAAAAAAAAAAAAUACACAAAAUGAAAUAUGAAACUCUAAAAAGUUGCACUUGGACGAAAGAAAAAAUAGCGCAGUUAAUUGAGAUGUAUAAGAAACAUGAAUGCUUAUGGAAUCAUAAUCUGGACACCUAUAAAGUUAAAGAAGUGCGUAAUAGGGCCAUUGAAGAAAUAUGCACUAAACUCCGAAUUACUAAAUACGAUUUUGGCAAGAAAAUACAUAAUUUGCGCAAUCAAUUCAAUUCGGAAAUGAAAAAAUUGAGUUUACGAAUGGAAGAAGCCGGAGCUAAUACGGAUGUAAAUAAUUCAUCUAUGCGUUGUAAAUGGAAUCAUUUUGAAUCGUUAAUGUUUUUAAAAGAUGUCAUUGAACCAAGACCUGGUAGUAUGCAGACAAGCUUACUAUUACCUAAAGUGAAGAGAGAAACGAUGCGUUUGAGACAAACGUACAAUAGAACUCCACAAGAAGAAUUCGUCACCGGUAAUGAUAACGAUGAUAGUAAUCCCUCUACAAUACCGGAGGAAUUAAAUCAGUUUUUUAGCGACGACGCAAAAAUAGAUGAAGAAGAGAAUCCUUUGGUGGAUGCUGAUGAGAACUUUCAACGUCCUGACGAUGAUAUUAACAAAUUCGAAAACUCUGAGAGAACCGAAAAUCAUGAUCAAAAAUAUCAGACACCCACUACGACCACUAACAGCUCGAAGAUAAAGAAACCCGUAAUUACAAACACAGUUAUAGAAAUUGUUAACGGUAAUUGCAAAACACUUUCUGCUCCAAACAAGCAAUUAAGCCCUAGUGUCAGCGAUUCCUAUCCUACGACAGGAUCGUUUGUCACUCUAUCGUCUCAACAGUCAGCAGCGAUUUUAGAGAGCCGCCCUAAUACGCACGACCAAUGGGACGCAUUUGGCAAUGUUAUUGCCACUGAAUUGCGAAACUUAUACUCUGAUACCUCACGCAAAAAGUUGAAACGUAAAAUCAUGCAGGCCAUGCUUGACGUGGGCGAGGAAGAUGACGAACUUGCCUUAAAAAUGAAGAAUUCAUAAUAUUUAAUAUCUGCUUACUAAAGUCAAUUUUAAUAAACGUAUGUUUUUAUUGGUGCGAUUAAGGAAGGAAGA